AUGUCUCCUCGGAAGAAAGCCGUUUCCCGGGACGACGUCCAGACGCGUCCCACCCGCGACCAGCUACCGAAAGUCAUUGCACUGCUACUGCGAGUGAACGAUAUGCCCGCAGCUUCUCGAUUUGGGCUCUGUGUUCUGAGCAGUCUCAUUAUCAGCUCCGUCCUUUACAAACUCACCGCUUCCAUCACGGUGGACGACUUCGCUCGUGUCAGUAAGAACCCGGAGAAACCGUGGGAGAUCCUGGGCUUGAUCGCCUGGCGAAUUGUGGAGAUUGGCCUGGUGUGGAUCAUGAUGUUUGACCCCAAUGAUAUCUGGGCAUACUUCUUUGUCACACACAUGCCAACUUACUACAUCUUGAUCUUCUUCUACCGCGUGCGAGCUUCCUCGGCAGUGUCGUCGUUUGCCAUUUUGCUCGUGUCGACCACAUUCCCCCUGGUCGCUACACACGGUCUCCCCACCAUGUUGAAAAACCGGCUAGCUUCCCUCGAGCCUCCAUCCACCGUCGCCAACCGGGGUAUUUUGCGGGACUGGCUUACUUGCUUUUACACUACAAUCGCCGCUACAUCUGUUUUCUACGUUGUUAUGUAUCUCAACGCUGCGACCUGGAUGGACUCUUUCUUGCUCGCGCAUCUCGAGAGCCUUCGGACUAUCAGGGCCGCUCAGUCUGAUCAUACCUGUGGCGCCAGCUGUCACCUUCUUGUCUUCUUAGUUAUGCUCCCAGUUGGCUACUUUUUGCGCGAAUUCCUGUUCUACAAGCCUCUCGAUUCGCCUCCCGAUGACACUGAGAAGCCCGCAAACCGCCAAGGGGAAUACCUGAUUGUCAGUCUUCGCCGCAAGACUUGGGGGAAGCUACCGGCCAAGACGAGGGCACUUGUGUCACGGACGCUGAUCCUCACUACUGGAGUGCUUCUCAAUACCAUUGUGCAGGUGCUCGGCACGUUCGACCGUGUUGAUUUCUUGGGUUCGUUCGCAUGGGGUGGAGUCUGGGCAAUGGGGAUCCUGGUUGUUGGCGCGAUGUUCGCCUGGAUUGCUGCAGUCGAGGGGGUGUAA